CGUGGUUUGGCGGCGGCGGUGGCGCGCGAGGGCUUGGAGGUACGGGGCGCGCGCGGCUCCAGCUCCGGACGCCUCGGGCUCGGGCUGCGGCUGCUGCAGCGGCCCCCCGCGCUCCGGUCGGCGCGCCCGCUCGUCCGUGCGCCUUGAGCCUCGCCGCUCCCCUGCAGCCCGCCACGAUGGGAGCCCGCCCGCUGCCUCUGCUCAGCACUCUGCUGUUGCCGCUCCUGGCCGGUACCCAGGCCGCGAUCGUCUUCAUCAAGGAGCCGUCUUCCCAGGAUGCACUGCAAGGGCGCCGGGCGCUGCUCCGCUGUGAAGUUGAAGCCCCGGGCCCAGUGCAGGUGACCUGGCUGCUCAAUGGAGUGCCUGUCCGGGACACCGAGCGACGUUUUGCCCAGGGCAGCAGCCUGAGCUUUGCGGCUGUGGACCGACUCCAGGAUUCUGGCGCCUUCCAGUGUGUGGCUCGGGAUAAUGUCACAGGAGAAGAAGCCCGCAGUACCAAUGCCUCCUUCAAUAUCAAAUGGAUCGAGGCAGGUCCUGUGGUCCUCAAGCACCCGGCCUCAGAAGCGGAGAUCCAGCCGCAGACUCCGGUCACGCUCCGUUGUCACAUUGACGGGCACCCUCGGCCCACCUACCAGUGGUUCCGAGAUGGGACCCCCCUCUCAGAUGAUCAGAGCACCCACACAGUCAGCAGCAAGGAGAGGAACCUGACCCUGCGUCCGGCCAGUCCCGAACACAAUGGCCUCUACUCCUGCUGUGCCCACAAUGCCUUUGGCCAGGCCUGUAGCAGCCAGAACUUCACCUUGAGCAUUGCCGACGAAAGCUUUGCCAGGGUGGUGCUGGCGCCCCAGGAUGUUGUCGUAGCACGGAAUGAGGAGGCCAUGUUCCACUGCCAGUUCUCAGCCCAGCCACCCCCCAGCCUGCAGUGGGUCUUCGAGGAGGAUGAGACUCCCAUCACUAACCGCAGCCGCCCCCCUCACCUCCGCAGAGCCGUGGUGUUCGCCAAUGGCUCCCUGCUGCUGACCCAGGUCCGGGCACGGAAUGCAGGCGUCUACCGUUGCAUCGGCCGGGGGCAGAGGGGCCCACCCAUCGUCCUGGAAGCCACACUGCGCCUGGCAGAGAUUGAAGACAUGUUGCCAUUUGAACCACGGGUGUUCACCGCUGGUGGUGAGGAACGUGUUGCCUGCCCAGCCCCCGAGGGUCUGCCUACACCCAGUGUGUGGUGGGAACAUGCCGGUGUGCGGCUUCCUGCCCAUGGCAGGGUCUACCAGAAGGGUCCUGAGCUGGUGUUUGCUGCUAUUGCUGAGAGUGAGGCUGGUGUGUACACCUGCCAUGCAGCCAACCUCGCUGGCCAGCGGCGACAGGAUGUCAACAUCACUGUGGCCACUGUACCCACGUGGCUCCAGAAGCCCCAGGACAGCCAGCUGGAGGAGGGCAGACCUGGCUAUUUGCACUGCCUGACGCAGGCCACACCCAAGCCCACUGUCAUCUGGUAUAGGAACCAGAUGCUUAUCUCGGAGGACUCACGGUUCGAAGUUUCCAAGAAUGGGACCUUACGCAUCAAUAGUGUGGAGGUGUAUGAUGGGACAUUGUACCGCUGUGUGAGUAGCACCCCAGCCGGCAGCAUCGAGGCCCAGGCCCGUGUCCAGGUGCUGGAAAAACUCAAGUUCACGCCCCCGCCUCAGCCACAGCAGUGCAUGGAGUUUGAUAAGGAGGCCACAGUACCCUGCUCGGCCACUGGCCGAGAGAAGCCCACGGUUAAGUGGGUACGGGCAGAUGGGAGCAGCCUCCCCGAAUGGGUGACGGACAAUGCUGGGACCCUGCACUUUGCCCGAGUGACCCGAGACGACGCUGGUAACUACACUUGCAUUGCGUCCAACGAGCCCCAGGGCCAGAUCCGUGCCCAUGUCCAGCUGACCGUGGCAGUGUUCAUCACCUUCAAGGUGGAACCAGAGCGUACAACCGUGUACCAGGGCCACACAGCGUUGCUGCCGUGUGAGGCCCAGGGGGACCCCAAGCCUCUUAUCCAGUGGAAAGGCAAAGACCGAAUCCUGGACCCCACCAAGCUGGGACCCAGGAUGCACAUCUUCCAGAACGGCUCCCUGGUGAUCCAUGAUGUGGCCCCUGAGGACUCGGGCUCCUACACCUGCAUCGCUGGCAACAGCUGUAACAUCAGGCACACAGAGGCCCCUCUCUUUGUCGUGGACAAGCCUGUGAUGGAGGACUCUGAGGGCCCCGGCAGCCCGCCCCCUUACAAGAUGAUCCAGACCAUCGGGCUGUCCGUGGGUGCAGCCGUGGCCUACAUCAUCGCCGUGCUGGGCCUCAUGUUCUACUGCAAGAAGCGAUGUAAAGCCAAGAGGUUGCAGAAGCAGCCUGAAGGCGAGGAGCCGGAGAUGGAGUGUCUCAACGGUGGGCCUUUGCAGAACGGACAGCCAUCAGCAGAGGUCCAGGAGGAAGUGGCCUUGACGAGCUUGGGCUCUGGCCCCACAGCCACCAACAAGCGCCACAGCACGGGUGACAAGAUGCACUUCCCUCGGGCCAGCUUGCAGCCCAUCACCACUCUGGGGAAAAGCGAGUUUGGGGAGGUGUUCCUCGCGAAGGCCCAGGGCUUAGAGGAGGGCGUGGCGGAGACACUGGUGCUUGUGAAGAGCCUGCAGAGCAAGGAUGAACAGCAGCAGCUGGACUUCCGGAGGGAGCUCGAGAUGUUCGGGAAGCUGAACCAUGCCAACGUGGUGCGGCUUUUGGGGCUGUGCCGGGAGGUUGAGCCCCACUACAUGGUGCUGGAAUAUGUGGACCUGGGAGAUCUCAAACAGUUCCUAAGGAUUUCCAAGAGUAAGGAUGAAAAGUUGAAGUCACAGCCCCUCAGCACCAAACAGAAGGUGGCCCUGUGUACCCAGGUGGCCCUGGGCAUGGAGCAUUUGUCCAACAACCGUUUUGUGCACAAGGACUUAGCUGCUCGCAACUGCCUGGUCAGUGCCCAGAGGCAGGUGAAGGUGUCGGCACUGGGCCUCAGCAAGGAUGUUUACAACAGUGAGUACUACCACUUCCGGCAGGCCUGGGUACCGCUGCGUUGGAUGUCCCCAGAGGCCAUCCUGGAGGGGGAUUUCUCCACCAAGUCUGACGUCUGGGCCUUUGGUGUGCUGAUGUGGGAAGUGUUCACGCAUGGAGAAAUGCCCCAUGGUGGACAGGCAGAUGAUGAAGUGCUGGCUGACUUGCAGGCUGGGAAGGCCCGACUCCCACAGCCCGAAGGCUGCCCCUCUAAGCUCUACCGGCUGAUGCAGCGCUGCUGGGCCCUGAACCCCAAGGACCGGCCCUCCUUCAGUGAGAUCGCCAGCACCCUGGGAGACAGCCCUGCGGACGGCAAGCAGUGAGGGAGCCUUGCAGGCUGUGCUUCAGGGGAGAACACCUCCUGAGGGGAGCCUGAAGCAUGGUGGGCGGAUUAUCCUGUCCUUGGCCUGGGGUCCCUGUCCAAGCACAGCGGGCGUUGUCGAGGGCAGGCAGUGCCUGGGCAUUUCUCCUCGCCUCAGCCACUGGGGAGGCUGACUCGAACCCAGGCUGGGUGACUAAGGCGUUGGGCUGGGCACCUUUCUUUGCCCCCUUUCCUCAUCAGGGACAGUAUGGGUGCCUCAGGUAACCCCGAUUUCUGGUCUGAGACCUCUUUUGGCCAGGUCCAGCUCUGCCACUCAUCUGCCAAUGUUGCCUCGGGAGGGCUGGGCUUGGGCCGAGAGCUAGGUUUGGGGAACUAAUUUACUCAUGUACGCAAGUUCCAGGAUAGCUCUGGGUACACAGGACCAACAGUCCUCUUGGCCCAUGGGUCCCACCUGGGGGUGGGUCUAGCAGGUUGUGGAGGACAUAGCCGUUAAUUCCUCCCCACUGUGGGUUUGUGCACACUAACCCAGACCCGUCCCCCAAAUCCUUUCCUCAUCCCAAGUGCCUGGCAGAUGAAGUGUUCAGGGCCUUUUGACACUUAUACAGCCCGCCCUUUUUAUAUGCACAUGGGCGGCUUUUUUAUGUAAUUGCAGCGUGGGGGGGGGUGGGCAUGGGGAGGUCUGGGGGGACCCUAGAGGAAUUGGGAGGGUGGUCCACCCCUGCCUUAUACUUUUAUUGUUGUUGUUAUUGUUAUUGUUGUUUGUUUUAUGUUUUUUUUUUGUUUUGUUUUUUUACACUCGCUGCUCUCAAUAAAGAAGCCUUUUUUACAGUC